AAGGUAUAAAAUAAAUAAAGCGGACUGAUUUCGUAAUGGGAUGCUUAUCUAUUAUUGCACCAAUAAAUUAAAGCAAUCUGCGCCGCGUAUGGUGAUCCCCGGUCCGAAUUAUAAUAGGGUUAGACGAAGUUUUGGCGCCAACAGCGACCGCGGCAUUCCUUAGGAAGCGGGAGCGCGGGAAUCAAUAAAGGAUUUCCUGGCGGCUUGCCCACGCAUGUGCGUCACGCCCGCAACCCUGAACCACGAGCAUCGCAUCCCUAACAGCCUUCACACCAGUCACCCGAUUACUACAUCCGACCGGAUCGAAUCAUUCAUCGAUCCAUGAUCUCUAUUCUACAUACAGGUCACACGAGUGUCCCUCUCGAUGGCAGACCAGUAACAGGGUCUUCGGCCACUGACCACGCAGGGUCCCAUGCAUGAUCAAAUAAAUCUCAAUAAUAAGUCUGCGUUAUUGGGCGUAUGAUUCGCGCGCAGCGUCACUGCGGCUGUGCGGGGCGGAGGGCGAGGCGCGGGGCUGGGCGGCGCGGCACUAGUCUUCCGCUAGACACUCUGUUGCCUCAGGGCUCCUCCGUCGAACGCUCACCGAUGACUCAGUCCCGACAUCGGUGUGAAGUGCGAUCGUUGUAGUGUUGUAUGUAGACAGUCAGUGGUUGUGUUUCCUUGACAUGUGGGGUGUGCGAUGGCUCUAGGAACCAUGACCAGGCGUCCGCUCCUGUUACUUGCCCUCCUCGCCGCCGCGCUCGCCAACCAGCUCGAGGAUAUUCCACACAAUGAAGUCAAGAAUUGGGCGCUAAAAUUCGGCGUCGACCUUUGGGAGUUCGGGCGGCACUUCACAAAAAUGAAUCAGAUACAAAACAAAUACCACGAAUACAAUGUGGAAGUCGUGAGAAAAGAUGGCCUGCUAUUGGUGAGAGAGCUGGCUGUUGAAGUUAAGAACCACAUGGACUUUAAGAUGAAUGCUGUUAUGCGCAUCAUGGAUUCCGCGGAAGCUGCGGCGCUAUCUGCGGGCAGCACGUCCGAUGGCUCUCCAGGCUCUUACUACGACGCUCGAUGGCUGAACGUUCAUGCUGAUGAUGGAACCCUCGCUGCACGAGCGAGAAGACUAUUACUCUCACCCAGCAGACACUUCGAUCAUAUUGCUGUGAACACUAGCUACAGCGCGGUCCUGAUGCCGCCUUAUAUAAACACGGAAGACCCCGAAGUUCAAAACCAAAUAGCUUGGUCGGAACAUUUAGACCCGCUCUUUGUUAACAACUACGAAAUCGAUCCUACACUAUCAUGGCAGUAUUACGCAUCCUCCAACGGCUUUAUGAGGCGUUACCCAGCGAUGUCGUGGCCACCAGAAGACGGUUACUCCCACCACGCAAGAGAUUUCUACGACUUCAGGUCAUCGAACUGGUUUGUUGAAGCCGCUACAUCACCGAAGGAUCUGGUGAUUCUUUUGGACGACUCGGACGACAUCAGUUCGUCUUAUCACCGCCUGGCCAAAGCGACUGUAUCCGCGCUGCUUGAUACACUCGGACCCAACGAUUUUGUUAACAUUUAUAGAUACAGUGACACUGUGUCGGAGUUGCAUCAAUGUUACUCGAAAAUAUUGGCCCAGGCGGUACCGGAAACAAUACGAGAGCUGAAAAGCGCUGUUUGGGGAUCGGAAGUGACGGGUGGCGCAGCAAAUCUGACCGGUGCUUUGACAACAGCAUUUGAGAUUCUCCAUCGGUACAAUCGAACUGGUCAAGGCUGUCAAUGUAACCAAGCUAUAGCCGUGGUUGGGGCGGGGGGUGGCACUGCUGGGGUAAAGACAGUUUUCCGUACUUGGAACUGGCCUCAUAUGCCCGUCCGUAUAUUCACGUACAGGGUCGGCGGCGACGCGGCCUCAGGUCACGAUAUGAAAGACAUGGCUUGCACCAACAAAGGAUUCCACGUGACUAUAAAUGAUCACAGCGAGGUGCGUCACAAGGUACUGCAUCUUGUAGAGGUGUUAGCAAGACCUAUGGUCAUGUAUCAAACUCUACACCCCGUACACUGGAGCCCCGUAUACGUUGGUGGAAGGAGUAGCAGCUUGGACGACGAUGGGAUGGGACAGUUGAUGACGUCAGUUACGGUCCCUAUAUUCGACAGGAGAAAUCACACGCAAAGGGAGGCUAAUUUGCUUGGGGUGGUGGGCACGGAUGUUCCUGUUGAUCAAAUAAAGAAGCUCGUGCCACCAUAUAAAUUGGGAGUGAACGGUUACUCUUUCAUGGUGGAUAACAACGGGCAUGUUCUGUAUCACCCGGAUUUGAGACCUUUGCACACCAACGAGGAGUACACCGAAACAUUGAGACCACUUUACUCGAGCGUCGACAUCACUGACGUAGAACUACUCGUGGAUUCCGAUGAGAAUUCCAGAGUUAAUUUAACUUCUCUGCUAUUGGACCUUCGCCACGAUAUGAUCGAGCAACGUGAGGGAGAAACCGAAAUGGGUGUGAAGGUAGCUUACGAGGGUAUGAGACGCGUCGGUACGAGGCGUCAAAGAUAUUUCUACGGCCCCGUUGAAGGAACACCGUACUCCCUGGCCGCUGUCCUACCUGAUGGAUACGGCAUGUAUGAACUGCAGGCUGAGCAGGAAAUUAAACACAGUCCCAUAAACGUCACGGAAUACUUUAAGGGAGACAACUGGAAGAUCCAUCCAGAUUGGGUAUACUGUGAGUAUGCGUCCACAUCCGACCAGACUUUCUCGAGCCCCGAGGAGCAACUACUUCAUUUCCUGAGUAGGUCAGGCCGUCCUGGCUGGAAGUGGAUGUCUCUGCGGCCUCGCGCUCUCACUCUUCAUAACGCACACAAGAAGCAGGACAGAGACUCUUACUAUUGUGAUAAAACGCUAGUUCAGUCUCUAGUCCGAGAUGCAAUGGUAAUUAAAGAAUUGGACGCUCACAUUGGACACGCCAGCCAUCACACACAGCAAGGCCGAUUUCACAAAUUCGUCGUGACGUUGUCCUUCAUCGCUACCAGAAGCGGUUUAUUGAAAUGGACUGAAAAUGUCAACACGUCAAGAACAGCUGACUCUUCCGAACCACACUUCAGCGAGAAAUAUGCUCGCGCUUUCGACUCCGAAUGGUACCGGCGUGCGGUGGAACAUCAUUCCAUUGAACCGGAGAGUUUUGUUUUCUCUGUGCCCUUCCGCGACGGCUCCGAGCCGGAGGACUUCAGCGGCAAACCAACGUUAGUGCUAGCGACACAUGCCGUCUUCGUUGAAUCGAGGGGACAUCGCGCACCGGCCGCAGUAGUCGGAUUACAUUUCCAACUAGAUUCUCUCGCUAGGCAUUUCUUGAACGUUACGUCGACGUGCACGGCGGGCAGUGUCUGCAAGAAAACCUGCGCUGGUGAUGAAUUGGAUUGUUACAUACUUGACGACAAUGGAUUUAUCAUUUUGUCUGAAGAUGUUUCACAAACUGGACGUUUCUUUGGGCAAGUUGAUGGGACUAUAAUGGAUUCGCUGGUUCAGGACAGAAUUUACAAGAAAGUCACCGUCCAUGACCAUCAGGGCAGGUGUCCAGAUUCAAGAAGCCCUUUCAGUGGAGCAUCCAACAAAUUGACACCGAUGAAACCUCUCGCCUGGCUUGGAAGUUACUUCACAAGUUUACUUACUAUAUGGUAUCCUCUGCUCGAAACAAUACAUGCACGAGCGCACCCUCAUGCCCAAGAAGAAUUGGAUUAUGAAGAUUACGAGAAUGAGGAUAUGGAACACGAGGAAGACGUGGACCGUGAUCGUGGUACAUACGAGAUUAUCAUAGACGGGCUCGGAGGCUCCGAGAAGCACGAGCCUCCUCUCAACCCCGGGCCGCCACGGGAGCCACCUCGCGAGGCCGCACGCUCCGCCGCCGUCCGACCCUGCGACACCAGCGCUGAACUCUUCACAUUACAAUCCACCAGAUUAAACGCCGCCCAACCGCUUAAAGGAAAACUCACCAAUUGCCACAACUCAGGAUGCGAGAGGCCGUUUAGCGUACAGAAGAUACCACACAGCAACCUCAUACUGUUGGUAGUGGACACGUUGUGCCCCUGCGGCGCUAAGAGGUUAGACGUGCGGGCGAGGGAGGCGGGGCCGAGGGCCGCGUGUCGGAGACCACCGCGAGCACUACCCCGACGACGACCACGAGCCUGUGUCUCAUAUCACCCCGAGGAAAUCGAGAUCCAAUCUUGCGGUCGCGGUGGCCGGACGGAGCCUACAAUAUUUGUGUUCUCUGUGAUCGUCCUACGAAUUUUAUUAAAAUUCGCAACGUGACUGUCCAAAUAUUAUUGACAAAAAAAAAUUCAAAAUUACUUGAUUACAAUUUCCCGACAGUUUGAAGCUUUCGAAGCCAUAUCAAAUUUUACGUCACACAAAAUAAUUUCAACUCCAAUAGCCGUUUGAUAUUUUUUUAAUAAGGAGGUUUCACGGAUCACCAUGCGUGUGUUCGAGAGUGUGUUGAUGAACGCUGAACUUUGUGCAUUUUGUGCUGAUAGGCUGGAACUCGCGUUGUUGUGGGACAUUCUCUAUGACGUCGUAUGUCAUAGUGGCAAAGUCACUGGUAUGUUAGGGAAUGUCCCAUUUGUCAGGCCUCACUAUGGCCUGUUUUGUAUGCGAGUUGUUUAAAGUUUUGAUCAAUUUACCGACUGAAGUUUUGGUCCGACCAAGUGAACUUUUGAUCUUGUUUUGAGACAGGAUUAUCGAUUCGAACUAGGAUAAGAUAACGUUUAAAAAUAUUUUCUCCUCCUUGUUAAGUUGGUCGAUAUUCUAACUAUGCGGUCGCGUAUUGUAAUAGGUAGGUAACUAAUCUUGUUAAAUUAAAUUGAAGAUUAUCACAAACUUGGAGAUCUUAUAAAUUAUAGCUAAUGUUAAUAGAUAUUUAAAAAUAAUAAAUGUAAAUUAUUAUUAUCGUUUAAAAACUGUUUUAGAAAAAUUUACCUAUGUUGAUCCUAACACGUUUUAUUUCUCAGUAUCUUAUCAACUAACGGUUGCAAACUUGACUAGUCGCAUAGAUUAAUCUUUUUAUUAUUGUAAAUAAGAGAGGUUUCGAUUGUAGACAAUUUCGUUGCUAAGUUACGUGUGCCUGUGUAUAAUUAUUAUUACUAUUAGAAGUAAAGAAACGAGUCGACGAGUAAGCAUCGUAGUGCUCUGUGACAGAAGUCCUAUUACUAGCGGCGAUAAAUAGUAUUAAAACACCGAUCGAAUCGGGCGUUGAAAAUAAUUAAGUCUAUAUUUUUAGAAAUGCCUAAUAAUUAUUGAAAAAAAAGUAUGGCGAUAAUUUGGAAACGUCAGAUUUACGUCAAGUUUACGUCAGAUCAUAUAAAUAAACUUUCGCCAUCAUUUAUAUAAAUAAUGAUUAUUUAGAUUAUAGGUAUAUAAAUAUAUUUUAAAAUAAACAGGGUUGCAUUAACCUGUCGAUGUCUGUUUCACGUUUCUUGUAUAUAAAACAUCAACGCUCUUAUCGUCUUACGAUGUAAUCUCGGCCGACUCCAAUUAUGAUAUAGUUGUUAGAAUUUUUCUCCCUACAUUUUAAAUCAUAUAUAUACAUGAGAUAAUGUUGAUGUCAUUCCUAGUGUAAAUAAUUAACAAAGGCCUACAUUACGAUUGUCGCUAUUUAUAGUUCGAAUUCGACUUCCUCUGUCCUUUAUCGGAUCGUGUUUACUUUUAUUUUUUAAACAUGUGUAUCUUAAAUACUCUGAGAUCACAAUUAUAUUAUACGAAUAUAUACACAUACAUAAAAACUUAUAGAACAUUUAAAAUAAGGAAAUAUCAAUUACAUAAAAAUUUAUUAAUCUGUUUGUACCUACGUAUCAUAAAUGUUAACUAGAAAUUAUUAUCAGAUUCAUAAAAACAUAUCUAAAGUUAAUAUGUUAGACGACGUAUAUGAUUAAAUGAAAGCUUGCUGUUGUCCCAUUAUAAUCAUGGAUACUGAAACAAUAAACGAAAUAGUACAAAAUAUACACACAUUGAAGUAAAUGUCUCGCAUUUUGUGCCAAACUGCAACCAAGUUCUAAAUAAAGUAAUAAAAAGGACCAGGUUGAAAUAACUAUGACGGACAAUAGCAUGCUGUAUAUAGCCUUAUAAUAAAUAAAAAGAAGAAUGGAUCACAGACAAUAGUUCAAUUUUAAGAUAAUAAUCAUAUCAAUUUACAAAAUGGCCGGUCCUAUUUUAAAUUUUGUUUUAUUACGAAACCUGUCAAUUGUCACUCAAUUAAAAUGAAGUAUUUAUUAAAAUUGGCGCCACUGUGAUCGAUGCUUCUUGACUGUUGCGGUUCAAACGAUCAUAAUCAUUAUCAUAACUGGCGUAAAAAAUUGUGAGGACGCUUUUGAGAUAUUGUACAUUUUGUAUAAAUAUACAGUAAGGAGUCGAUGUAAUGGAAUAAUCGUUACAACAGGUGUGUGGCGAACGACUGGUAAGUAUUGAAAGUGCUUCUUGUAAGCGUCGAGUCUUCCAUAGCAGUCGAACGCAGAGCGAAUGUUUACUGUAACUAAGUAUUAAACGAUAAUAAUAGAGUAUACUUAUCAUAGCAUAGGCUCUCGGAGUGCACUUGCGUGAAUGUCGCAGGUUUACUUCAUAUAACUAUAGACACAAAACAAAUACCUCGUUUAGUUACGCAAACGUAAUAGCUAGACAGAUUUUGUGUUGAUUUCGCGUUUAGUUAUUUGACAUAUCAAUUCAGGCACCAAUGAGACUAUAGUGUAAGCAAUUUUUUGAAUAUUUUCAAUUGUGAUCUAAUAUUAUUCAGUGUUCUGAGGAGACCUCGAUUUCAUAUUCAAAACUUUUUCUUCAAUGACGUCUCGUUGUCUAUAUACGGCUAUCUAUGUAUUCCAAAGUAUAUCACGUUAAAUUCUAAAAUAACUUAUAAUUGGACAUUAAAAUGUUGAAAUGCUGGGGUCUCCCCAAAUCGUUUUAAGGUAUGUGAAAUAAGUUUAUGUAAGGAACGGUGAUUUCUAAAAUUAUGACAUUUUCAAUUAUCUGCGUACUUACACUUUUAUACAAACGUAAGGAGUAUUUAUUUAAUAUUGUUCCAGGUCACUUAUCAUCCCCUUGUUAACGCUUUUUAGGAGUUAGGUAUUCAAAAUUUUAUGAAAGUAAUGUGGAGAGCAAAUUUUGAUGUCGCUGUUUUCGAAUUAUCUUUUCUCAUAUUAGUUAAUUAUAAUAUAGUUGUGUACUUGGGCACGGCCGACUGUGAACAGUGAACAUGGUUCCCUAGUGUAAUGAUGUUUCUUUUGUUACUCGCCAGUUCAUGCUAUAGAUAAACGGUAAUUAAAACAAUAAAGUUCUCUUAUAACAUUGUGAAAUUA